AUGCCACCGCAGAUCAGUAUCAUUGGCAUAGAAGGGAUGCCCGAGGCAAAACCAGGGGACGACAUUGCCGCCCAAAUAGUGGAUGCUGCCAGGAACCAGGGGACGCCAAUAGAAGGCGGAGAUGUGCUGGUUGUGACCCAAAAGAUAGUAUCAAAGACGGAAGGGCGCGUCAUAUCUAUCGAAGAUAUAGAACCGUCUCCCCUGGCUAUUUCAAUAACAGAGGGGCACCGGCGAGACCCCCGUCAUACCGAGUUGAUACUGAGGGAAAGCCGCCGGAUAGUUCGCAUGGACCGGGGGGUUAUUAUCAGCGAGACCUAUCACGGCUUCAACUGUGCCAACGCAGGGAUCGAUGCUUCAAAUAUUCCGGGAGAAGGAACGGUGGCCCUAUUGCCCGUCGACCCGGACGCCUCUGCUCGGGGCAUACGGGAGUCCGUCAAGAGGUUGGCCGGUGUAGAUGUGGCCGUGGUUAUAUCGGACACCUUCGGCCGCCCGUGGCGCAGCGCGGCAGUAAACGUCGCCAUUGGCGUGGCCGGAAUCAAUCCGCUCCUGAGCUAUGUUGGGCAGGAGGAUUCCCACGGCAACAUGAUGUACACGACGGUCAUCAACAUCGCAGAUGAACUGGCAGCUACCGCUGAAUUGGUGACAGGGAAGGUUCUGGGUGUGCCAGUAGCCGUCAUACGCGGUUUCGCUUAUGAACCGAUGGAAGACGCCAGUAACCAGGCCUUAAUUCGGGAUCCGGACAAGGACUUAUUCAGGUAA